CCUGUUUCAUGUAUAAAAGGCCCAAAUUUUUGCUGAUCGCCAUUGAACCAAACAAUCAUCAGGCAAGAUGAGUCUCUCAGUCACGGACAAGGAAACAGUCAGGGAUUUCUGGAAUAAAGUGUCUGGCAAGGCAGAAGACAUCGGCAACGAUGCUCUGUGCAGGAUGCUGGUGGUGUAUCCGCAGACCAAGACUUACUUCUCCCACUGGGCGGACUUGAACCCCGGCUCUGCGCAGGUGAGGAAGCAUGGAUCGACUGUGAUGGGUGGAAUCGGAAGGGCUGUGACCAAAAUCGACGACCUGAAUGCUGGUCUUCUGAACAUGAGUGAGCUGCAUGCCUUCACUCUGCGUGUGGACCCUGCCAACUUCAAGCUCCUCUCUCACUGCAUGCUUGUUGUCCUGUCCAUCAUGUUCCCCGUGGAGUUCACCCCUGAGGCCCAUGUGUCCAUGGACAAGUUCCUGGCUGCCGUGGCUCGUGCCCUGUCUGAAAAGUACAGAUAAACUGUCAGCAGAGGACGGACAGCAUGCAUGCAGGAUAAACACCCAGCCAGUCUGAAUAUGAUAAUAAAAGAUCAAAUGCAAUCAAACUU